AGCGCAGAGGAGGAGCGGGACUCAGAUGGAAAUGGCUCUCUCCAGAGGUUUGAGAUGCUGUCAGAGGGUCUUCGCCUGGAUCCCCGUUCUCAUCAUCGCCGCCGUCGUGCUCUGGUCUUAUUACGCCUACGUGUUUGAGCUGUGUCUCUUUACAAUUAGCAACACACUGGAGAAAGUGGUCUACCUGCUGGUGUUUCAUGUCUGCUUUGGGAUGUUCACCUGGACAUACUGGAAGUCCAUAUUCACCCCUCCUGCUACGCCCUGCAAAAAGUUCCAGCUCUCCUACUCGGACAAACAGCGGUAUGAGAUGGAGGAGAGACCAGACGCCCAGAAGCAAAUCCUCACCGAGAUCGCAAAGAAGCUGCCCAUUUUCACCCGAGCCCAGUCUGGAGCUAUCAGGUUCUGUGACCGCUGCCAGGUGCUGAAGCCUGACCGCUGUCACCACUGCUCCGUUUGUGAAACCUGUGUCUUAAAGAUGGACCAUCACUGUCCCUGGGUUAACAACUGUGUUGGUUUUUCCAACUACAAGUUUUUCCUACUUUUCCUAUCCUACUCCAUGCUGUACUGUAUAUUCAUCGCAGCAACGGUCCUUCGGUAUUUCCUCAAAUUCUGGGUGGGGGAGCUGCCAAAUGGACCUGCGAAGUUCCAUAUACUCUUCCUCAUGUUUGUGGCAGUCAUGUUCUUCAUCAGUCUCAUGUUUCUCUUCAGUUACCAUUGCUGGCUGGUGGCCAAGAACAGAUCCACUUUAGAGGCCUUCUCAGCUCCAGUAUUUGUCAGCGGACCCGACAGAAACGGGUUCCAUCUUGGCCUACACAAAAACCUGCUGCAGGUGUUUGGAGAAGACCGUAAACUGUGGUUCAUCCCUGUUUUCACCAGCCAAGGGAACGGCCACUACUUCCCUCUAAGGAGUCAGGGCUCUGAAUCCCGUAACCCCCUGCUAGCUAACGAGGACAUGUGGGAGGGGUCAGACGACGGGUCAGAAGAAAGCUUGGGUAAGUUCCCUUCCGUCUUGUUGCAUUUAUUACUUAGGCUGCGAAUUAUGUGGAGUAAAAAACAACAAGAACAAAAAAAAAACAUUUUUCUUUAAUGAUCGUUUCCUUCAUAAUUGUUUUCAAAUUUCCACGGAUGAGCCUUAAGAACCGAACAUGAACACAUACGCUGUGUAGCGCCCUCGACAACAACCGCUGGGAAGAAAAACGGCAAGCACCUGAAGACAAAUAUUGAAUAUUUCUUAUUCAAUAAGAAAUAUUAGUUUUAAAUUAACCCACACUGGGACAAUCAUUAGUCAUUUUAACACCUUUAUCAUUAAUAUAACUGAAUUUGAUCAGAGUUUCUAGGAACUGCUUUACUGGCUUCCUGUUUCCAUGCGGUAUGAACACAUGACGCAACUUCUCGUAGCAGCUGUUCACUAGCUUUUGAUCAGGACCCAUAUUUAUGUUACCAUCAUGCACAGUGAGCAGGACAGCAAGGAAGACGCACACAUUUCACUCUUUGGGCCUUUUGGGAGUUUAAAUUUACGAACCUUUUUGUCUAGAUUGAGAUGAACAAUACCGAUAAUUUCCUUACCAAGUAACCUAUUUGCCUGCUUAAGCAAACCCAAUGCAAUUUAUUCAAUAAGAAAUAAUAUAGGCUGCAAAAACACAAUUUGCAGCCUAAGUAACAAAUGCAACAUGUAUCAGGGUUUGAAUGUGUGUUUUUAGGUGACCUACUUCGUGAAACCUAUGUAG